AUUAAAGAUGGCGGCGCAUUGACAACAAUCUAGGUAUUCUUACAAAUAUUACUACUUUGUGAACAAGCUGGGGACAAAAACGUUUAUGAGACGUUUUGAAUUCUUUUGAAUCUUCAUAGCUAGCAGUAGUUGUGACCAGGUUUCACAAAAACAAGUGUUUAAAAUGUCGGUAACGCGUGUUUUGCAUCAACGGAUAAGCUCUGUCAUGGGCAUACUAGCCUCAGCUGCUGUGACCGAGAUUUGCAAGUUAGUGGACGAUUGCUGUGGAGCGUUACGUGUAGAAGUCUCUCAAAGCAAGGAGCAAAUCCUAUUGCUAGAGAAGCAACUCAGCCUGGCGGAGUCGAGGUACAGGUCUGUGAGUGGCAAAGGGCUGCCUGUCACCGGCGACUCACCAAUAAUCAACAGUUCUUCGGGCGAUUCACCCGCGGCGAAUACCGAUGAUGCGGGCAACGCUGACGAAGACGAAGUUAACAAUCUUGAGGUGGACGGUGUCAAUGCCAAUCAGCACGCUCUGUGGAAAGAGGUAUCCACAGCACCAACUGAUGAGGCUGGGCCCCCCACACUGACCCCUGGCCCCAUAGUCAGUUCCAAUGAGAACACUGGGCCCCCCGCAAUGACCCCUGACCCCAUAGUCAGUUCCAGUGACAUACCCAGAAAGCAACAUAUUACCAGUUUCCGAGUUGGUGAAACUCCCAAGAUACAACCGUGCACCACGUGCUGUUCCCUCUACCACUGCCCCUUCUGCCGACCGUCUGCGUUCAAACCCAACGAGUUACACCGGAUCAUCCCACACAUCCAGAGCCACCUGAAAAGUGCAGUUCAAAAUGACGAGUACAUCGUCUACAACUGCAAACUGACGUGCAGAGACUACCCUCACUACCACUGCAGCUAUUGUGACCAUGUACUCUGCAGAAAAGCGUUGUUUAUAGAACAUUUCAGAGCUUGCAGAAAGCGGAACGGGACUCAAAGACCUGCCCGUGUCCAAGCUCAAUCUCCAUCUGUUGCUCCGCCCCUCCAGCAACAUCCCUCUCCAGCCCAGAGACCUCUCGCCCCUGCAACAUCCACACCUGUUCUGCCUCUCACAUCUAUACCUGCCGUCCCUUCAAGCUCCAGACCUGCCACCCCUCCGAGCUUACCAGUCGCUCUUCAAACUCUAAACACAGACACACCUCCAAUGGAAAAAACAGAUGUUUCUGCCAGUCACAAUCCGGUCACACGCCAGGAUUCGGAACCCUCCUCGCCCGAAGUGUAUAGCUGCCCUCCGACGCCGCAGAUUGAGACCGAGAGACCGCAAAGACCUUCCCAAAGGGACACAGUUCCUGUGCAGACUCAGUGUGACCACUGCGGCAUCAUCCUGAACAAGAAGAACUUCAAAGUUCACAUGAAGAGGAAACACCAUGAAGAGUACAUCGCUGCAGAGAACGAGGAGGCCCUGAGGAGAUACCUGGCCGAAUCCAAGAUGGACGUGCCACCCUGGUGCCGUGCCACCAAGGUCCAGUGCGAUCUCUGCGGAAUCAGGCUGAACAAGAAGAAUUUCAAGAACCACAUGAAGAGGAAACACAAGGUGAACGUGACGGCGUCGGCCUUCCAGGAAGCUUUCGACAGGUGCCUGGGCGAGCAAGGCCUGUUGGUGGUCGAGAGCUCGUUGCCCGGGUACACUUAUACUAGGACGCACGAAAGAGGAAGGCGGAGGGAAGAGCAUGACGAUGACCUCUUUCCAGACAUCGACAUGGAAGAAGAACAAAGCGACAGGUUCCCAGACGCCGGCGCACUACUGGCCCAGGAAACGGACCUGGCGACCCAGCAGUUGCAAGGCGAGAGAGUGCUGACUGGAAUGAAUCCCCAGAGGUACCAUGGUCUGGGGAAACCUCAUCUCCUGGAGCUUCCUCUAGAGUCGCUGGUGUGGAUCUUCCGGGACGUACUGCGUGUGGACGGGAAGAGAGGCUACUGGAACCUGUCUCUGGUCUGCAGAACCUUCAAUGCCAUCCUGACAAACGAAAUCAUCAGGAAGUACUCCACAGGGAAGAGAUCUGAUCCUGAACCCCAGUAGUUACUGAAAGGAGAAGCCAGUACAUUGUGGUUACAGGGAAUGACAUAAUAUGCUUAUAUGCUCACUGCAUACACACCUAUUACCAAUGUUAUUACUACCAAUGUUUAUUUUUUAUUUACAACGUUCUCAUUUAUUGUAAAAACAAAAAGCAAAAUGUUAUUUAGUCCUCAGCGAUAGCAAAACAACUAUCUCAAAUCCCAUUAGCUAUUUGUCCAUUCUAUAUUCAGAUUUUGUAUAUCUUGCUACUGUUACAUUGUUCAGAGUUAGAGUGUGUUCUCAGUGCAGUGCUUCAGUUUGGAGACUACUAACCCUUAGCCUACUCAUCAAAUUACUUACUUUUUUUUUUUUAAGUAAGUAAAAAAGUAUUUAUUCCUUUAUAAUUCAGUUGUAUGCUGAUUUUGUAUUUUUGUACUUGAACUAAAUAGUAAAAUAAUUUUGGGAUGACA